UUUUUCGCGUUACGAAGUAUAGCGAAAAAUAAUUGUCCUGACGACAUGUAAACGAAUACGAAAGUGUGGUGUUACUAAGGUGAAAUUGUUAUGUAGGUUUCAGCCAAUGAAAUGUCGGUAUUGAGAAAACGUGUUCGAUUGUAUUUACGGGUGGUUAGUAAGAGUUCACUUUCUAGCGCACGCUAUCCCGAGCAAGUCGUGUUUUGGUCAUGGACGCCAGGCAGGUACAGAGUGCAAUUUCUGAAGAAGUUAAUCGAGCUGUGUCUCGUCAACAGUCGGAAUUGUUAGAAAAUCUAAAAGAUAUGAUGGACAGUCGUUUGACAGUAUUCCAACAAAACAUUCAGCUUUCCACGUCUCAAAUCAGCAAAAUUGAGGAAAAUUUGAAUGAGCAUUAUGUUUUCCGUAAAAAAGGAAAUGAGAACCAAUAUAAACAUGAAGCGAAAGUUCUAACCAAACUGAAGGAGGCCAGGGAGCAUUUGAACAGCGACGACGGAGUGGAGUCAGCCAAAAGCAGUAUCGCUGAAGGUAUAGAAUUGGUUAAGAAUCGUCAAAAAGUUAUUAAGUUAGCCGAUUCGUCGCAGCUCGGUUGGAGAGUGGUUCAAGAGUACGAAGCCAACCCGAUAGCAGACGAUUCGGAUGAUGAGGAGAAGAUGUACAGAGCACAGAUGAGGGCCGAGCGGAAAGUUUUCAAUGGGAGGAAGCGAUGUAGAUUUGAACCCUAUCAAAAGAAACCGGCAACAGCCACUCGCAUGGAGACUGACGAGAAGUCAACGAGCAGUGGAAAACCCGGCAGAAGUUUUGAUUGCGGGGCAAAGGGGCACUGGAGUCGAGAUUGAACAAAGAAAGAUGACAAAUCAAAUAAGAUAAGUGAAAACUUAUAUGAUUUUUUAUCUAUUUCAAAUUUGGCACAUUUUAAUGAUAUAAUAAAUAAAAAAUCUCCAGUUGGUCGCUUAAGAUCACACUACGAUGAGUGGGAGAAAAUUGGAACAGGUAAAACAGUCUUGGAUGUAAUAAAGUCAGGUUAUAGAAUUCCAUUCAAAACUAACCCUAUGGCUAUUGAAUUAAACAACAAUAGGUCAGCGAGAGAUGAACCAGAUUUCGUCACAGGUGAGAUCAAAAAUUUGGUAGAAAAGGGGUGUGUGUCACGGGUGUCUGAAAAACCUACAGUUGUAAAUCCUUUGACUGUGGCUAAAAAUAGAAACGGUAAGUCAAGGUUGGUACUUGAUUGUAGACAUAUUAAUCCUCAUUUACACAAGUUUAAGUUUAGAUACGAGGAUGCAAUAACAGCAAAGGAAAUGCUUAAAGUCGGAGAUUUUAUGUUUACU